UUCCCAUUUGUCUGGUGAAGACAGCGCUCAGUGUCAGUGCAUGUUUCACCACUGAAGCCAUAAGAACCAGUGAACCUUCGUUUCCAGCUUUAAGGACCAAGAUUCUCAUGCGGCCUUGUUCACGUGAUGGACGGCUAUGUCAUGUCACCUCCCUCAGAGGAAAUUAUUCCAAAUCAGCCAGAGAGUUAUCGUCCACCUGCAGAGCUGUACCCCUACCUCACUAAUGUAGGGGAGAUUUAUGACGAUCACAGAUGGACCUUCCACUCUGAGCGUGUCCAGUCGUUGGACCUGGAGAAUUCACCGAUGAAUCACCUCACAGAGCUUCAGUCUGUGACUCCUCAACAACUCAUACAACCCUACCGCUACAGCAGUGAGUGUCUGCCCCUUCACCUGGACCCUCCACUCACACCGCUCUCUGUGUCACCACAAAUCCCAUAUUACACCCCAGCUCUGUGCUACCAGUACCGACCCUCCACCUCACCUGCUCACUACUACUCAGAGGAGGAACAAAGAGGAAUCAGUCCCCCACUCGAGGUAUCAGAGGGGGAAGAGGAAUUUGAAGACCACAGCCGCUCCUUCUUCAGGAAAGACAGUAACAACAAGAAGAAAAUCCGCCUGUACCAGUUCCUCCUGGACUUGCUAAGAAACGGUGACAUGACUGAAAGUAUCUGGUGGGUGGACCAGGACAAGGGCAUCUUCCAGUUCUCCACAAAACACAAAGAAGCUCUGGCCAGCCACUGGGGUGUUCAGAAAGGAAACCGCAAAAAAAUGACCUACCAGAAAAUGGCCCGAGCUCUGAGGAACUAUGGUAAAACUGGAGAGAUUAAAAAAGUAAAGAAGAAGCUAACCUACCAGUUCAGUGAGGAAGUGCUGAGGAACCUCUAUCUACAUCAUACUUCCCACUGAUGAGCCUUUUACUGUGCUCAAAUCACUAGAGUAGCCAACAUUGAAUAUGCCUGUAUAUUUGCAAUUUUACUUUGUUUCUCUACCAAGUGUUCUUACUUAUUUAUUUGUGAUUCCAGUGCACUUUCUCUUCGGCAUUUGCAAACUUCUAUAUAAAUCUCUAUAUUUCAGAAAUGAAGUUUGUAUGUCUGUGCAUAAUGAUUAAAUGAUGAUUAAAUAUCAGGAACAGCUACAAAAGAAAAGAAAAAACAUACACAAAACCCCCACAAAAAAAUAUAUAAUGUUUUCCAUGACCUUUUUGUCACGAAUGUGUGUAAAUAAAUAAUAUAAACAUGU